AUGACUCAGUCAGAACUCCGACAGCCCAGAGAGUCUGCAAGGUCUCGUGAGAACGGCUUAGAACUUCGGCCCCUACCAAGCCCGAGCCGACGCCGCGAUAAACCGCAGCUAUCAUGUAACCUCUGUCGACGGCGCAAAACACGAUGCAAUCGGCAGCAGCCAUGCUCCAAUUGCUCAGCACGCGGGCACCCCUGCGUAUAUGCAGAGAACCAGGCUCCCACAUCAAUGGUGCAGGAAUCGAACAAAAACACGACGCUACAUGAUCGUCUUGUGCACCUGGAGCGUCUUGUUACAACUAUGAGGCCGACAAGUAGAACUAACAACGACAUUAACUCUCAGGCGACCAUACUCAGCGCACCUCAAAGUCCCGAUGCUACAAUAGAUGACAGGUCAGAAACUGGGAGCUUGCGUGUCGGCGCUUCACAACAGUCUUAUGUUGGAGGCGACCACUGGGCUGCUAUUUUGGAUAGCAUUGCUGACUUAAAGGCGCACUUUGACCGAGAGGAGGAGGCCAAACUAGUUGAACAUCAAGAUUCGGCUGUUACGGCCGUAGAAGAUGAAGGGAGUUCGGAAAUGGAUUCAUCUCAGAGGCCCCGUACAAUGUUGCUCUAUGGCUGCCGUCCUGCUCGUUCACGGGCGGAGAUUCUGUCCGGCCUUCCUCCUAAAAGUGCAGUGGAUCGCUACAUUUCUCGGUACUUCAAUCAACUUGACCUUGUAGCCUCCUCUUCAACGCACGCACCGACCUUUCUACGAGAAUACGAGGCUUUUUGGGCCGACCCGUCCAGGCCAUCGAUCAUGUGGAUUGGCCUGCUUUAUAGCAUGAUAUGUCUGGCUGUGAUUGCUUCAGAUUUAACCCUGUCCCCAGAGAGUAUUGAGGUGGAACAACAAAGACUUCAGUUAGACUUGUACAGGGAAAAGGUCGUCCAAUGUCUUAUCAUGGGGAAGUAUACCCAAGGCGGCCCCCAUGCGCUGGAAACCUUUCUCAACUACGUUUACAUCGAAUUUCGAAUUCAUCCUGAUGCCGAUAAAGACGUUUGGUAUCUUCUUGGCAUCGAAGUCAACCUAGCCAAGCAGAUGGGUUACCACAGAGACCCGAAGCACUUUCCACACAUUACACGACGAGAGGGGGAAAUGAGACGAAGAGUGUGGGCCACUGUAUUGCUCAGUGAUUGUCUGAUAUCUAGUCAAAUGGGAAUGCCCCGUAUGAUCACCAGCAGCCAAUUCGAUACGGAGGAGCCUCGAAACCUCAACGAUACAGACCUUGACGGAGAUAUUUCAGAGCUACCUCCUGCUCGCCCGGAGACAGAACAUACAACAGCGUUGGGCAUAAUUGCUCGGCGACGAAUGCUGAUAGCACUGGGGGCGGUCUCUGAUAUCACGUCGGCAUUACAGGCCUGCAGCUAUGCCGAGGUCAUGAAAGUUGAUAAGAUCUUGAAUGAGGCGGGCAAAAGCAUACCGCCGCCCUUACAAAUGAAGCCGAUGGCAUCCAGCGUGACGGACUCUCCGCAAACUAUCAUGUCACGUCUGUUCCUCGGCCACAUGUUUUACAAAGGCCAAAUCAUGCUUCAUCGGAAGUUUCUGUUUUUGGAUUCGCCUUCGUCACAAGAUGACGUAUUCGAAUACUCGCGCAAGGCGUGCUUGCACGCAACUUUGGGAACUUUGAAGAUUCAACAGGUCCUGGAUGAAGAGACCUGCCCAGGGGGCCAGCUUCAGAUGAUGCACUGGAGAGUUGGAUCCAUUAUGAACCAUCAUUUUCUAACGGCCACGAUGAUACUAUGCUCCAUGGUCCAUCGGAAGAAGAUGCUUGGCUGUGAAGAAGAGAUCAUGACCGCCUUGCGAACUUCUAGGCUUAUCUGGAUGCGAAAAGAGUCAAGCUCGAAAGAAGCAAAGAAGGCUGCACAGGCAGUUAGUAUCGUGCUUGCUAGAGCAGGAGGCCCGAGGUUUGAUAUGGGAUUUACGCCUGAGAAACCCGACAAUCUGCGGACGGAGCACGCGCCAUUCGAACAAAUGUCAACUUUUCACAGGAGUAACUUGGAGUUCGACGACCAUCAAGGGUUGGAAGAGGAUGCAAGUGUCGAUCAAGGUGAAUUUUUAAUACCUGAGCUGAGUUUGGGUUAUGAGAAUGACGUCCAGAAUAUUUCUUUCAACUUAAACAGCGUCUCGGAGGCGUCGGACUGGAUGUUCCUCAACAACAUGGACUUGGAAUAUUGA